GACGCGGCUCGGGCCUCCGUGGGCCUCGGGGUCCCGCGGCCAGUUGGAGAGAUCUCUGCUGGGAUCUGAUCAUUUGCGAUUCCACGACAGUGGUAUUUUCCCCAUUAGGGACCCCAGCUGCCAGGGGGCCCACUUGGCCGAUGACCCCUCCUUCCCAGCCCCAUAAGGGACUUCUGCCGCUGGGGGAACUCUGGGGACAAGCCCUCCACUUGGCGCCCACAUUCUGCCGCUGACCACCCCAGCUGGGGCUCUGGCUGUCCUUUAGGAAACUCAGGAGAGCUCCCACACCACACACAAAGAAAGGGACAGUGGGCCGCUAGUAGCAGGGCGGGCCGGACCUGGAGAUCCAGCCCGUGCAAUGGGCAGCGGGGCUGCCUGUAGCCCGGGGCUGGCGGCCUGGCGUCGCUGUGGCCCCCGCUUCAGGGUUCCCAGAAAAUGUUUUUCUGCCCUACCUGCCGCACCCUUUCCCACAUGCCCACUGCUAGGGGACACGGUGGCAGCUGGCUUCGACCCUAGGUCCUGCCAUGCCUUAUUUGCCCCAGUGUCUGGUAUUCUAGGUCAGCUGUGUCCCUGGAGAGCUUGAACCAAUUAUUUACCUUUUGGACAGCUUUCCUGAGUGCUCACUACCUGUUAAGCAAUUUGCAAAAUGGCUCUUCAAGAUUAUUCGACCCUUCCCUGAGGGAUGGACGUUAAUGUUCCCAUUUUAGCAUUAUUUUUGGUGCCUUUCCCAGUUUGCCAGCAGGCUUUUCUCACUUUAGUUCAUCGAAUCCGCUCCACAGAUGAGGAAACAGGCUUGGAAAGGUGAAGUGACUUUUUUAAGGCUCUCUAGCCUGCAGUAGUGGAGGUGAGAACUUGGCCUUGGGACCAGAGAGGAGCCGGGCCCUCUUCAGCUCUCUGCCUGGCAACGGACUGUUGAGUCAGUAGCAGUGCCAAAGUGGACUCUGAACUUCUUGGAAAACAACAUGAGUGUAGGGAGAUAGGCCAGGGACCAGGCCUUCCUAGAGGCGGGAGCCUCUGCCCCUGGCUGCUUCCUCUCUCAACAACCUCCCUCCCCCCGCCCCAUUUUUGUUGGGGCUGGAGGAAGGAGGGGCCAUGGGUAGAGCAGGGUCCUAUGUCACCGGUGACCUUGGGCCCGGCUAGUCCCAUGUGGGCAGCGAGGGGAAAAGGGCUGCUGAGCAUGGGGGAAACUAUUCUUCCUUUGGCCUUAAUGGGUGGGGAGACCCCAAGAUCAGCCCCUUCGGGCCAGUGCCUAGAGCAUGGGGUUGUGGGGACAGCACUGUAUCUCCGGGCAAGGUACAAUGUGGGAUGGGAACAGACCCCUCCUCGCGGUGCUGUUGAGUUUUAAGAUGACUAUUUGGCUUAUUUUAUUGGUAUUUGAGCACCAACUGAAUGCCAGACACUGGAAUUCAGACAAAAACCCCUGCUCUCCUAGAGUAUGCAGGUUGGGGUAUCACAGUGACUGGGGAGCCUCUUUAUAGGGUGGUCAGGGACUGCCUCCCUGAGGAGGUGACAGUCGAACUGAAACUGAAGGAUGAGGAGUUGGCCAUGUGAAGAUGUGGGAAGGGCAUUCCGGGCAGAGGGAACCGCCAGGGCAAAGACCUGAGGUGGGAACAUGAGGAACAGCAGGGAGGCUGGGGAGCUCAGUGAGGGCGGGAGGAAGAGAGGGGAAGGGAACCUGGAGGCCAUAGGGAGGGCCGAAUUGUAUAGAGAGAGGAGUCGGGAGCUAUGGGAGCCUUGAGAGUGGAGGAGGGGUGUGGCUGGAUUUAGUUUUAACAGCAUCUCUCUGGGGCAUGGAUUUCAGUGGAGGGGCCGAGGAGAGUUUGGCUCUUACCCUGAAGAACAUGGACAGGGAAGGGGCAAGGGUGGAGGCAGGGAGACUGCCGAAGAGGUUAUGGCUGGAGUCGUCCAUGCGAGCAAUGAUCGGGACCUGGAAUGCGGAGGUGGCAGUGGGCAGAGGUUAGGCCAGUGAUUUGGGAGAGGCUGGAGGGGGAAUCAGCUGGACUUGAUGGGUGGUCAUGGUGGGGAUGAGGGGAGAAGCCAAAGGCCAUUUGCUGAGAGAGCACUGAGAGGAACGUCAACAGCUUACCGCAGCUGAGCACGUACCGUGUGCCCAGCACCGUGUGCCCAGCGCCGUCUAUCUCUGUCACUGUCCCAGCGGCUCUGACUUACUGCUGUUAUGAUUCCAUUUUACAGAUGUGGAAAGAGAGGCCCAGAGAGGCUUAAAGCUUGUUUGAGGUCACACAGCUUGGACACUACAGAGCUGUCAUUUGCCCAGAGAAAAGCAAGCCGAGAGACGACUGGGCAGAGGGCAAGGAGGUGAGCGGUGGCCUUAGAGGCAAAUCAAAGAUGAUUUAUGAAAUCAAGAGCUGGGACCUGAAAGGGACUACAAAAGGUCAGCCAGUCCGGUCCCCAGGGGUGACAGAAUCAGCAGGGCCUGAAAUGAGACCUGAGUCUGAAUUUCAGCUCUACCCAACUUGCUUUGUGACCUUGGGCGAGUGACUAACCUCUGCUUAGUUUCCUCAUCUGUCAAACGGGGGUCAGGCUAGUCCCUGCCAACUAAGGUGUGCUGGGAGAUGAGCUAAGACAUAUAAAAUGCUUGGCAGGCAGACGGAAUCCUUGACAUUGUUUUGGGGGAGGGUGCCAGGAGGGUCGCGAGCCUGGCUUCUGGAGCCAGGGUUUUCGUCUCACCAGGCUGAGUCCCGGCUCUGCUCCUGGAGUCGUGUGGGUGCGGGCAGGUCGUCCAUGCUCUUUGAGCUUCAGUUUCCUUAUUUGUGGAAGAGGAGUGUUGAGUUCCGUGGCGGCUAAGGGUGGCUGUGAGGGCAGGGCAAGGCCGUGGGUGACGACUGUCCUUGGCUGGGGGACAGGCCCUGAGCCCCCGCAGGCCCCGGCCUCGCCGCCAUGAAGCUGAACGAACGCAGCCUGGCCUUCUACGCCACCUGUGACGCGCCGGUGGACAAUGCGGGCUUCCUGCACAAGAAGGGCGGCCGGCACGCGGCCUACCACCGGCGCUGGUUCGUGCUGCGCGGCAACAUGCUCUUCUACUUCGAGGACCCGGCCAGCCGCGAGCCCGUGGGUGUCAUCAUCCUGGAGGGCGGCACUGUGGAGCUGGUGGAGGCGGCCGAGGAGUUUGCCUUCGCCGUGCGCUUCGCGGGGGCCCGGGCCCGAACCUACGUGCUGGCCGCGGAGAGCCAGGCUGCCAUGGAGGGCUGGGUGAAGGCGCUGUCACGAGCCAGCUUCGACUACCUGCGGCUGGUGGUGCGCGAGCUGGAGCAGCAGCUGGCUGCCAUGCGGGCAGGGGGCUGCCCACCCCCGCCACGCCGGCCCCGCGCCCUCCCACCCAAGGAGAACGGCUGUGCCGUCUGGAGCACCGAGCCAGCUGCCGCCACCAUGAGCACGUCCACUGGCGCCCGGCCUGGGCCUGAGCCCCCGCCACUGCCGCCCCGCCGGCGGGCCUCGGCGCCCAAUGGGCCUCUCGACUCAGCCUCCUUCGCCCAGCUGCACGAAUGGUACGGGCAGGAGGUCAGGGAACUGAGGAGGCAGUGGCUCGGGAACCGGGCCCAGCCCUGAAGUGACAGGGGCGAGGGCCCGUCCUGAGUUCAAAGCCAGCCCUGAGGUCACCAGGGGUCUUGGUUCUAGAGAGACUCUAGUCCCAGGCCCAACCUGAGAGACCUGGCGGCCUGAUUCUGAGGGGAAUCGUGGUCAAGUCUUAAGGGAAAUCGAGGUCUCUGUGUGGCCUUCUUUUGGGGGACUCAGCUCUGAGGAGAUGCUGGGCUCUGAGUGGUGCUUUGGGACUUGUGUGACUCAGAGGAGGCCGUCAUGCCUGAUUUUGAGAAUCCUGGGCCUGGCUGAGAUUUGAGAAGCCUGAGGGUUGGUUUCAAAGGAACUCUAGCUCCAUGCUCAGCCCAAAUCACCCAGCACAGGCCCGUUGCUGGCAACAGGUCCUGGCUGCGGUGACAGGGACCUGACGAGGAUCUGCGGCCGGAAGGCAAGUGCCCAGUCAGCCCUGGUCCCGGUGGUUCCUAACUGGGCCUCGACAUGGACAGAGAGCAGGCUCGGCUGUGCAACACCACACCUGGGCCUGACUUCCUUUGCUCUGGGGCCCUCCAGAGAAGCUGGCCUGGCUCCAGGCUCCCUGCCUGCCUCCCGAAGCAGCAGGUGCAGAAGGCGCGCUGGGUUUAAAGCGUAACCGGUAUGGUGAGAUUGCCUGGUCCCCGGGGCUCCGAGCCUGGAGUGGGGCCAGGCAGAAUUCGGCCCUGGGCCUCAGCCAGGCCUUGAUGGCGCCCCUGGCGUGGAGGCGGCCCUCUGGCCUUGGCAAGUGUGUUCCUGCCACCGCUCUCGCUCCUCUCCUGACAGUCCUUAGCCACGUCCUCCAGUCUCCUUCUCCCAGAACCAGCUCUUCCACCGGGGAUCCGGGCGGGGCCUCUUGGGAACUGGCCUGACCUGGUACAGUCCGGCUGGGCAGCUGUGGCCUGAGCUGACUUUCCAGUAGGUUCCACUAGGGAGGGGUAGCCAUGAGCUAACUCAACACACAGAAAGGGUCUAGGUGUUGAUCCGACAGGGGCAAAACAGCAGCUGCGAAGCUGUUUGGCUUCUGGAACCCCCUCCCUCCAUCUCAGCCCAGCCCCCCAUGCCCCUAGUAUUCCCAAGGGGAGGCUGACUGCUCUUUCAUUGUUCUCACUCACCACAGUGGCUGUUCUUCCAGGGAGACUCUCGGGGGGCUGGGAUACCCCUAGUCCUUAAGCUGGGUCAUGUUUACAGUCCUCAGUGCCCCACCCUGGGGACCCUCUGAAGAUACCUCCUUUCAAGCUUUAUUCCCCAGAGGGUCCCUCUUGGUGACAGACAGACGUGGCCCUGAGGCCCUUCCUGCUGUCUUUAGAGACUCCAGGGCUUGGGGAAGAUUGGGGGGCUGUCUCUGUGUCUGCAAUUACUAGCUCACUGCUGGUUCAGUUGACUGGGGCCUCUGUUUUAAUUUAAUUUUUAAUACAUGGGUGUUUUUUCUCUAGAAACAAAGCUUGGUGUUUUCACUACUUUUGUUUCUUGUUGGCUGGUGGUAAGGGACGGGGUGCCUGGCCGGGGUGGGGGUGGAGAGAGGGCAGCUGGCACUGCCCCCAGGGAGAGGCCCACGAGCCUUGGCUGGAGACACAGGCACCUCAAGGGUCUCGCCUGGUUCCUUGCCCUCUGCUGGAUGCCCUGCUCUGUAGCAGCUGCUCUGGGGUCUUGGUGCGCUUCCUGUCCCCUCCUUCCCCGUUCUUGAGCAGUGGGGAUGGAGAUGGUGGCUCUUGUCUACAGGUGCUGGGUCUUCAGGGGUGUUAGGAGCUGCCCAGACCCAGCUGGUAGGGUGAGGUGUUGGUCCCCCGCCCCCGCCCACCCCCCCGGUGCAGGUUUACAAGCAGGUACAAUACAAUGCCCUGGUCUCCCCCGACUUCCCACCCCAAAAGCACAAGAUGGGGUCAGGCAGCCUGGGAGGGGGAUGUAAAGUCUAAAAUAAAAUAAAAGUUUGUCAAGCAA